CUCCCAUUCACUUCUAUUUUCUUAUUAUUACAAGAACCACACAGAAUAUAGGCUAGUUCUCUUGAUUUCGGUUUUUCUAUUUCAGCAUAUGUAAGUAGCAAAUUUAUAGACAGUUAGACACUACUACUUAAUUUAAAGUCUUAUUGUGCUUGCGAGUCCGUUGCCAAAUUUGAAUCAUUCAUAUAAAAUUUGCUUAUCAAAACAAAUUUGUCCAAUUCAAAAUUAUGGCAGGCCACUUCAACAUGCAACAAAUCUUGAAAGCAUUGCCAUUCUUCUGGGUAAUAUUUAAUGGAUUUCAUAUUUCGUUAAUCAAAUGCCAUCUAUUCACUUCAUACAACAUCGACGUCAAACGAUUGGCUAAUGUGGUCAGCGACGUGGAUUUGAAUAUUUUCUUAACUGAUUACAUCCUAAUGGACCAUGCUGGUGAUCACCUGAAAAGUUAUCUUGAAGAGUAUAAUAAGAUCCGUCGUGACAUAAUCGAGAACGAUGUGAAUAAAUUCUUGACUAACCCGAUCAACGAAUAUAUACUUGUUGGAAGACUGGCAGAAUGGAAUAAAAUCAACGAGCUAAUCGCUAAUAUGAAUUCAAAAAACGCUAGUUUUUUGGAGAGCAGCACCCAUGAAAGAAAGAACAACGACGAUUUCCUUCUGAAUGUGCUGUUUGCAAGAAAACUACUGCCAACUGAUGAAGAUGUCACGGGAGCUGCGUAUGGUCUCCUUCGGCUGCAAAUGACGUAUCAACUGGACACUCUUGACAUGGCUGAUGGAAGAAUCCUUUCAUCGGGAUGGAAGAUAAAUUCCAGUAGCCAUUUGACUGCGCAAGAUUGUUGGCAGUUAGGUCAGCAAGCUUACAUGAUUGGACAAUAUGAUUACGCUGUAAGCUGGUUAAAAGAAUCUUUACAAAGACACCACGAAGAACGAUACAAAACUGUGAGACAGGAACAAAUACUACAAUACCAUGUUUUUGCUUCCUACAAGCAAGGUCAACUUAAUGUGGCUUCGGAACUCACUCAACAAUUGCUUCAAUUAAUGUCGCCCCGAGGACAAACAGAACUGAGUAAUAUUUUUGACGCAAUUGAGUCUCGCCGAGAUUAUACACAGGAGUCAACAGGACAAGAAGAUCAUAGUGAAGAUUAUAACGCACUUUGCAGAGGAGAGAACCUGAUGGACAAAGAAACGGAAUCUCAACUUCAUUGCAGUUAUUCUUUCGGCAACUCCGGAAGCGCCUUUCUAAGAUUCCAGCCCGUUAAAAAAGAACUCGUUUCUCUAAAUCCGUACAUCGUCAUGUUUCACGAUAUAAUAUCAGAUCAAGACAUCGAAAGCAUAACUCAAAUCGCCAAGCCUACAAUGAGACAAGUUUUAACAAUAAAUGCUUUAACUGAAGAAGGAUUUCAAAGUCAACGUCGAGUAGGUGAAACAACUAUUUUGAAAGAUGGGAAUUACUCAGUUCUUCAACGGAUUUCUCGCCAUAUGGAAGACCUAAUCGGUUAUGUGGUGUCAGAUGCGUCCAAUAUAUUAAGUUACGGCGUUGGAGGGCACUUUUCUCCACACUGCGAUUAUAUUCGAAACAAAACGAUCGAGGCCAAAACGGGGAACCACCUUGCAACUUUAAUUAUUUACCUGAACGAAGUAGAAAAUGGAGGAGCAACUGUGUUUCCUAUUGUCAAAACACGAGUGAAACCGGUUAAAGGUUCAGCUGCAUUUUGGUACAAUCUCAAUCCGGAUAACGGCGAAGGAAAUCCGACCACACUACAUGCUUCAUGUCCCAUUCUCAGCGGAUCUAAAUGGGUUUUAGUCAAAUCGAUAAACUCUCUUGAGCAGUAUUAUGGCUAGCUAUUUGGCAUCAACGUCGUUAUUUGACAAUAUCAUGACUUUAAUCAUGUGAUCACCGUUUGAUUUUUUGUGGAAUAUACUUUCCAAACAAAAUCAAUUUUACGUGCUUAAUCUUUUUUUUUUAAAUUAGCUUUAGCUGAUUUUCAUUCUCACUUAUGAUGUGUCUUGUGUGUUGCCGUCGGUUUCCGCAGGGAGGCCGUUUCUAAAAAUAAGAAUUCUUAAGCUAUUCGGAUGGUUUUUGGUUUUUAAUAGUUUAUAUGUAAUUUCAA